UUUACAUGCUGGAUGAAAUUCUCUUUGAAAUAAAAUAAUUAUACAAUUGCGUUAUUUCUACAUACAUGAUCUAGCUCUCCAUAGUUAGUUACAGCCUUCCGUAACUCAGGGUUAAGUCGUGCCGCUCUAUCAUAGUCCUGAUGAUUCUACCCCUCCCUACGACGUCAGUAUAGCAUCAUAUGUUUCCAAUAUAUUAGACGGGGAGAAGGAAUUAUUAUUCAGCAUCCUGAAAUGAUCCUGAUCCGGCGCAUUGCAUCAAGAUAUUUCCUCACCACGGGGUUCAAUUUACAUUUCAAAAAAGACUCACAGCAGGAUCUCCGCACUCUAUCUACAAAAAACGCAUUUUAGGGUUCCAUAGCAGUUGUUGAUCGAAUAUGCCGAUGAAACUCGACGGAAGCUGCCAAUGCGGCGGCGUACAAUUUACCCUCAACUCGCAGACGCCAGUCCCAUAUCAGCUAUGCGCCUGCAGCAUUUGCCGUAAGGUGGGUGGGUACAGUGGCAGCGUGAACCUGGGCGGCAUUGCCGACUCGCUCAAUGUGCUUCAGGGGAAGGAGUUGAUUAGGAAAUACACCGCCGUAAAAGACCGCGGCACCCCGCACGAGGAGCCCUGCUCCUCCGAGCGUAGCUUCUGCUCAAACUGUAGCACCAUGCUGUGGGUCUGGGACAAGCACUGGCCGCAGCUGAUCCACCCGUUCGCCGCGGCGAUUGAUACCGACCUGCCCGUGCCGGAGGAGAUGGUGUGUAUACUGGCGGACUCGAAGCCGAAGUGGGUGCGCUGGCCGGAGGGGAAGAAGAGUGUGUUUGAGAAGUUUGGUGGGGAGAGUUUGGAGGGUUAUCAUAAGAAGAAUGGGUUGUGGGUGGAGUGAGUUGGAGGGAGGGAAAGAGGGUGGACAUGGGUUGACUGGUUACGGUACGGUACGGUACUAAGGGAAGUGUGGUUUAGAGGGAAAUUUGGAGAUGGAUAUAUUAACAUUUGUUGAUUAUGAUAUAAAAUUGGUGGCUAUCUAAUGUGUAUAUAUAUGGGCCUCUGCUAUGCCGUUCAAAAUCAAAUGCCGGAGGGAGAAGUCCUAAGUAUUAAGCUUAUUCGUAAAUGUUAGCAAGGCAAUUGGUAUUUUCGAAGGGUAUAGCGAAAAAGACGUCGAAAGGAUGGUGAAAAGGGUAUCAGGUCUCCAAGAUGAUAGUUGUCCUCAAAGUCAAGACUCGGGAAGAACACAGCGAAAUAAUUGAGUUCAUCAGGUGGUUUUCAAACGAAAAGGAAACUGGAGGCACUGCCAGAAAAAGACAAAGGUAACAUACCCGUCCAAUCAUGAAAUAGUCUACAUUACUGAUAGUCCCUAGAAUCACAUCGAAGUGAAUUAGCGAUGGGCCAAUACAAAAACCAAGGUAAUAAAUAUCUCGACAGAUAUUCCAAAAACAAAUCCAUGGCGUAUCG